AUGAUAACUGCCGCUCUACACGAACCUCAGAUUCACAAACCGGCCGAUACUUGUACGGGCGAUGCGGCUCCUCCUACGCCUCGCAUUUUCCGGUCGAAGCUUCCGGACAUCGACAUCCCCAACCACCUCUCCCUCCACACUUACUGCUUCGAGAAGCUGUCCUCUGUCUCCGACAAGUCCUGUCUGAUCGUGGGAUCCACCGGAAAGAGCUACAGCUACGGCGAGACGCACCUCAUCUGCCGGAGAGUCGCGGCGGGAUUGCACAAGAUGGGAAUCAAGAAAGGUGACGUCAUCAUGAUCCUUCUCCAGAACUGUGCGGAGUUCGUCUUCUCCUUCAUGGGUGCCUCCAUGAUCGGCGUCGUCUCCACGACCGCAAACCCUUUCUACACUUCCCAAGAGAUCUAUAAGCAGCUCAAAUCUUCCGGAGCCAAGCUCAUCAUCACUCAAUCUCUCUACGUUGACAAGCUGAAAAACCUCGACGACGAUACCAAAAUCGGACAAGACCUCACGGUGAUCACAACCGACGGUCCUCCACCGGAGAACUGUCUCCCAUUCUCCACACUCACCGAAGACGAGACAGACCCACCACCUGAAUCCGUCGACGUGGGCGGUGACGAUGCGGCGGCGCUUCCGUUCUCGUCGGGAACGACGGGGUUGCCAAAGGGGGUGGUUUUGACACACAAGAGCCUGAUCACGAGCGUAGCUCAACAAGUGGACGGAGAAAACCCAAAUCUCUACCUUCACUCAAACGACGUCGUGCUCUGCGUUUUGCCACUCUUCCACAUCUACUCUUUAAACAGCGUCCUCCUCAACUCCAUCCGAUCCGGUGCGACGGUUCUUUUGAUGCACAAAUUCGAGAUCGGAGCGUUGUUGGAUCUGAUACAGAGACACAGGGUUACAAUAGCGGCGCUUGUUCCUCCGCUUGUGAUCGCUCUGGCUAAGAACCCUUCCGUUAACUCUUACGAUCUCUCCUCCGUAAGAUUGGUUCUCUCCGGUGCAGCUCCCUUAGGCAAAGAUCUCCAGGAUAGUCUCCUUCGCCGCCUCCCUCAGGCCGUUCUUGGUCAGGGAUAUGGUAUGACGGAGGCAGGGCCAGUGUUGUCAAUGAGCCUUGGGUUCGCUAAAGAACCAAUCCCGACAAAAUCAGGCUCAUGUGGGACUGUGGUCCGAAACGCAGAGCUCAAAGUGGUUCACCUUGAGACACGUCUCUCUCUUGGCUACAACCAACCUGGUGAGAUUUGUAUCCGCGGUCAACAGAUCAUGAAAGAAUACUUGAAGGAUCCAGAAGCCACGUCAGCAACAAUAGACCAGGAAGGUUGGCUUCACACAGGGGACAUUGGGUAUGUUGAUGAAGAUGAUGAGAUCUUCAUUAUCGAUCGACUCAAAGAGGUCAUCAAGUUCAAGGGCUUUCAGGUCCCUCCGGCUGAACUAGAGGCUUUGCUCAUCAAUCAUCAUUCGAUUGCUGAUGCUGCUGUUGUUCCACAAAACGAUGAAGUCGCUGGGGAAGUUCCGGUGGCAUUCGUUGUGCGAUCCAAUGGAAACGAGAUCACCGAAGAAGAUAUAAAAGAAUAUAUAUCCAAACAGGUGGUCUUCUACAAGAGAUUGCACAAGGUCUUCUUUGUUCCUUCCAUUCCCAAAUCUCCUUCUGGAAAAAUUCUGAGAAAGGAUCUAAAAGCCAAACUUUGUUGA